CUCUUCUGAAGCUCCGCUGUGGUUUAAAACAAGUUCUGAUUGAUUUAUUUAACAAAGUGGAUGGAAAUAAUUUUUGACCACCUUUGAUUGGUGAAGGUUCCCAGAGCACGUCUUUUUAGUUUUUUUUUCUUCAGUCUGCAGGAUUUUCUUUCAUUCUCCCUCAGAGCUAUGGUGACUUGCAGCUUAACUUUGUAAGAGGAUUCCUUUGCACUAAAGACAUGUGAUAGCUGCAUCACCCAGCACCUGAACCAAGCAGCUUCCUGAUCUCAUGCUUUUGUGGGGUGAUGCACUCUGAGUGGAGUUUAGUUUAAUUGUGCCCACCAUGCUAGAGCACCUGCGUGGCAUCAACCAUGCCCCUUUCAGCCCUCAUCCAAUCAGCAGCAACAUGGAUGAGAGAGCCAUAAGAUUUGCGUUAGAGCGCCGGGCCUGUUUGAGCCUCAGAAAAGUUCUUCAGCUGAAACUGCAACAAAGAAGAGCCAGAGAAGGAUUGCUGUGCUGUGGGGUCAUGCCUCCACUUAAGAGCUCAUCUGCCUUCCACGAGCAGAGACGGGGCUUGGAACAAGCACAGACCGUGCAUUGUCAUAAAAGGAAGAAUAGGAGUGGGUCAGAAUGUCCUGAGGCAAUCAGGAUGCACAUCUUGGAUGAGAAGUCUGCAAAACCACUUCUUCAAGCCAAGCAGCUUCAGCAGAAGAAAUUUCGCCUUGCGAAUGAUUUAAACAACAAGAUUGCCCACCGACCAGGACCCAUGGAGCUGAUUCACAAAAAUAUCCUACCCAUUGACUCAUGCUUCAAACAGGUCAUCGUAGAGAGACGACUUCAGAAGCCCUCAGGGGGGAACUCAUCAUGCGAUGAGGACAGUAAUGACAGUCUGUCUCCACGUCAGUCAGAAAGCCGGGAGCAUCCUGUGGGCAUUGAACCUGUGUGCUGUUCAGCAGAGAAAUUGACUCGGAGCAACCUCACAUCUCCAACUAAGGCCAUCUCAUCAGCUCUUCGUUUUCACCUCUCCUCCACUUCCCUGAACUCCUCUGUGCAGAAGACUUGUGGAAAUUCUCAAACUAGGUGCCCGCGUAAUUUAAUUGCUGACAGUCUUACUCAGAAACAUAAGAAAACCAAGGACAACAAACCAAAGGUAAAAAUGCUAAAGUACCAUCAGUACAUUCCUCCUGACAAGAAAGGAGAUACAGAACCUCUUCCUAACCUGGACUCAUCCUAUGCCAGGAUCCUCCAGCAGCAGCAGCUCUUCCUUCAGCUUCAGAUACUUAGUCAGCAGCAGCACAACGACCCCAUGCCUGCACCACCCAACAGGGAUCAGGACCCACCUUCUUCCUCUUCUUCCAAUUUGAUGUCCACUUCCUCCCCACCCGAACCCUCAUCCGCUCCUUUAACAGUCCCCCCUCUACAGCAUUUCCAGAUUUGUCCAAGUUCUGCUCCUUUAGGUGGGACAAAAGUCUUAUCACUGGAUCCAUAUCUGGACGAAAUGAAGGUUGCAGAACUAAAGCGUAAAUUGAAGCUGCGCAGAUUGCCCGUCUCUGGCACCAGAAAGGAUCUCAUUGAGAGGCUGCGGACAUACCAGAAACUCAGCCAAGGCAGAGACACUGUCUCCUCUCCAACAGCAGGGGGAACCACAGAGCCAGAGCUGGAAAGAGCAGGAGCAUCUUCCAAAACUGGUGGCAGUUUCAGUGAAACAUCUUCUCAGGAACUCUUGAGAUGUGAUGGAACCAUCAAACCCUUCAACCAACCCAGCAUGCCGAAUGGUGCAAAUCCAGAAGAAGUCAACUCUGACCCACUGGGAGAACUGAUGAGCUCUCCUUGCACCGAUCUCAGCCUUCAGCCAUUCAUCAGGGCUCCGUUCUCUGCUUCCAUUAAACAGGAGCCCCGAUGCUCCAGCCCGGCACCUUGUCACUUCUCCUUAAACUCUGCUUCUCUGCAGAAACAUAGCUUGGUCUCUUCCGCUGCCCCCUCCACCACAGCUGCAGCUCCUCCUGUGACUAUUGACAAAGACAAAAUGCUGCAGGAGAAAGAUAAGCAAAUUGCAGAGCUUACCAGGAUGCUAUGGCAGAAUCAGAGGCUGGUGGAGAAGCUGAAGAUGCAGCUGGAAAAUGGGAACAGAGAUGCUCCAGAUGCACAAAUUCUCAGAAUAGUGACAGAAGAACCUCCUGAUAAUUUGAAUGAGGAUUUUUCACUGCUUGAUCCCCAAAUAUCAGUCCUUUCACAUGAAAAGGAGGUCACAGAGGUAACCAUCAAAGAGGAACCCAUGGAGAUAGAGAUAGGGUCCAAGAUUUUGGUGCAAUCACCAGAUACAUUACUGCAGUUGUCUACCCCAACUCAGCAGACUCAGGAUCAGAUCCAUCUCCAACUCCAGGCAGAGCAGAGGAGCUUGCAGAAGCAGGUUUGCCUCCAAGACUCUGCUCAACAGCUGGCUCAGCAACAGGCCAUUAAUAGGCUCCUGUUAUUCCAGCAGCAAAACACGCAGAAGCAGCAACACACAGUUCAGAGCCACAAUCAGGCGCAGGAAACUCAGCAAAAACCCUGUCCUCAAAGGAAAAAGAGAUCUCAAAAACUGCACCAGCAGAUACUGCUGUUGCAAUCUGAGCAACAAAAGAAACAGGUUCUGCUAAAGAAACAAGAGCUUGUUGAAAAGCAGCAGCUAAAGAAAUGCCACCAACAGACUACUAAACUGCAACCCAUCCAGAUGAAGACCAGGAAACAUCUGCCACAGCAGGAUCUUCUGAAAAGUGACUCCUGCCCAGUUCUGGCCAGUGAUAGAAAGCGUAAGCAUAUCCUGACUCCUCUGACCAGUCACAUUACUGGAGACCAAGAAAGUUACUCUGAGGGAAAGGCACUAAAACACAUUUUGCUGCAGACCCAAAAUGAGGCACAUUCUGAGCAAUCUGCGGAGCAACCAUGGCAGGAGGCAGCUCAUCGUCUGGCAGAACCACCCAGUCUGCAGUCUCUUCCAACAUGGAAAAAUUCCUCAUCACCUUUCAAACAGACUGAGAUAUUUCCUGGUCUGGACGUGUUGUUGAGUCCUCUGUCUCCAGAUUCUGUUAAAACAGCAGCUUCGCCAUUUUGUGAUAAACCAAGUGAAAAUGGGGAUUUCAUGGACAUCAUCCUGCAGGCGGCAGAAACAACCAACACAUUGAAAGUCGCCCAACACUUUUCUGUUUUCUCACCUUCGCCAUCACCGCUCCACCUCCUGCUGUCUCCACCCAACUCUCCCACAGGUGGUACUCUACAACCUCUGCAGGCUGAUCCUUGGAUACCACCCAAAACCACAGACUAUAAACAACACUGCGGUCUUUCUGGUAUUGGACGCCUAGAGGACUUUCUGGAAAGCACCACUGGAAAGCCUCUUCUAGGGGUGGAACCGGGUGGCCCCCUCACUUUGAUAGACGACUUACACAGCCAAAUGCUUUGCACCGCCAGCAUCCUGGACAUCCCACGAGCUCCCAUGGAUACCUUGGACACGGCCGGGGACAGGGGACGGAGACUAGACAGUAAGGACUGGCUGGGCUUUGCCAUAGGAGGAGAGAGUGCAUGGGAAACACUGGUCCCUCAAACUGCCCCGAGUGUGUUCUCAGCAGACUUCCUGGACAGUUCCAACCUUUACAUGGACUGGGACUCCUGAACACAGUCAGAAGACUGUGUUCAGAUGUGCCCCAGCACUGACUUUGGAACAGAACAAAACGUAAUUCAUAUCUGAAGUUUCAGGAUUUAAACAGACAAACAAGUCUCUAUCAUCUCUCACUCUGGCAUAAUCAGCCUUCAUCAGUUUUAUCCUUUAUUUAUUUUAUUGACCUGUUAAUUCUUCUCAGGCUGGUCCUUGUUUGUGUCUAAUCUAGUACAUAGUUGGACACAGGAGAGUGUUCUGUGCAUUUAACUCAAGGCUUGUUGCAGCAAAGGGACAUAUAUCUGUAAGUUUAAAAUGCAGACUCCCUAAUUGCUUCCCUUUUAGGAGAGUAUAGGCAAUUAAUAAUCACAGAGAUGAGGCAAACAUCAGGGAGCGGCCAUAUUUUUAAAGUUUUAACACAUCCCCCAAAAAAUUAGGGUGUAGAAUUGAUCUAACCCUAAUCUUAAGAUCUCUUAAUGUUUGAGAUGUUUCAUGUGUUGUGUAUGACAUUCAUAAGAACUGUGUUGAGGAUAAACUACACUUAGGCAGUCCAGCAUUGUUGUUGAAGUUUCAGGGGCAAUUUUAAAGUAAAAUGUAAUACUUUAUAAUUUAAAUUCAAAUUGUGAAGCCUACAGGUUUAUUUCUUUGUACUAAUCAUAAUAAAAGUUUAUGCUCAAAGCAUUA